AUGGACGCCUCGCACGGGUCCUGCCCUCACGGAGUCGUGCUCAACAGGAUCGGCCAGGCCUGGCCAGGUGCCCAGCAAGCUCCAGGGAAGAGACCUCCGUCACCAGCAGGAGCGAUGAAGAUCUCCUUCAACGACCGGAGCCUGCAGACCACGUUUGAGUAUCCUUCUGAGAGCUCCCUGGCACAGGAGGAUGUGGAGGUGGGGGAGGACGAGGAGCAGGAGGACGAGGAGGACGAGGAGGAGGAAGAGUCUGGCUCAGAGAAGCCCUUUUCGCUCUUCUUGCCCCGGGCCACGUUUGUGGGCAGUGUGGGGCCCGAGAGUCCUCGGCUGCCAGAGGGCGGCUCAGGCCUGUCCAGCUACACUCCGAAGCACUCUGUGGCCUUCAGCAAGUGGCAGGAGCAGGUGCCAGAGCAGGCCCCCAGGGAAGCGGAGCCCCCGCCCAGGGAGGUUAUGCUCACGCCUGCCAGUCAGAACGACCUCUCGGACUUCCGCAGCGAGCCAGCCCUCUAUUUCUGACCCAGCACUGUCAGGAUGGCCAAGGCUGAGCCUCAGGCGUGGGGCCCAGAAGCGGGGCAGUGCCCGGGAGCCCACCCCCUUCUGCUCUCUCUGCGACACCCACCCCCUUCCUGGCCCUAGAAGCAGCCGGUGCUUCUAGGUCCGCCUGGGACUCACUCCCAGCCCUGGCUUGGGGGCCAAGCGUGGAGGUGGAACUGCCUGUGGGGAGGGCCAGGGUCCUGCCCCUCAGGGACCAGGUGGGGCCUGAGCAGGUGCAGUGCCAGGCUGAUCUCGGUCCUGCCCGCCAAUUCUGUCUCCCAGUGGCUGCCUGCUCUCUGCAGACUGAGCUCCCCCUGCCCCCACCUUCCCUCACUGGUCAUGGUGGGGCUCAGCCGCCCCCUCUGGUAAACAGCAAGUCUGUCCUGCCUCUGACAGCAGACUCAAUAAACAGCACUGGACAAGGCUG